UCCGAUCAAAUGUGACAUAUAGCUAAGGGUACACCUGUCACAGCAUAGGGUUGAAGGGUGAAGAGGACAACCUUUGAAACUCAAUAUUGCCCUUCAAUAUAAGGGCAGCCCUUUAUCAAUUCUCUGUAUCUACGCUCUCUCUCUCUCUCUCUCUCUCUCUCUCUCUCUCUCUCUAUCUUUCACUUCUUCAUCUGUUAUAUAGGUUACGACCCCUCCACUCUAAAACCAACUCACCCUAAAAUUGUCCUAAGUAUUUACCAAAUUUAAUCUUUUUUCUUCUGCACUUCUUUGGGCAAAAAGCUCAAUCCAGUUAUGGGAGAUGGUUGCGCGAUUCAGAGCACUAGCAAUUCCAAUAAGGGGAAAGAUAAAAAGAAAAAGAAGAAGAAUAAGAACAGAGGUGGAAGCAAGAAGAAGAUGACCCACGAACAAGUUUUGGCUUUUAAGUUUGUUACUGAAUGGGUUUUUUUGGAUCAUCCUUCUUCUGCUCUGCCUUUGGCUUCUCCAUCUCUUGUGGAUGAUUUUGGUGUGCAGAAGACUGUGGCAAAAAAUGGAGACAAAGUUCUGUUUGAAUUGCACUCACACUCCAAAUGUAGUGAUGGGUUUUUGUCUCCUUCCAAGGUUGUUGAGAGAGCUCACAUGAAUGGAGUGAAAGUUCUUGCUCUGACAGAUCACGACACUAUGGCCGGCAUCCCUGAGGCGGUAGAAUCUGCUCGUAAAUACGGAAUCAAGAUAAUCCCAGGUGUUGAAAUUAGUACAAUAUUUUCUCCAAGAGGAGACACUGAAGCAGAGGAACCUGUUCACAUUUUAGCAUAUUACAGCAGUAUUGGACCAUCAAGGUUUGAGGAGUUCGACAAGUUUUUAUCAAACAUAAGGGAUGGACGUUAUCUUCGAGCAAAGAACAUGGUCUUAAAACUAAACAAGCUAAAAGUAGCUCUUAAGUGGGAACAUGUUUGCAGGAUUGCAGGCAGCGGUGUUGCUCCCGGACGGCUCCAUGUAGCCCGUGCUAUGGUUGAAGCAGGUUGUGUUGAAAAUCUCAAACAAGCCUUUGCACGAUAUCUUUUCGAUGGUGGACCUGCUUACUCCAAGGGAAGUGAACCUAUGGUGGAGGAAGCGAUACAAAUGAUUUGUGAUACUGGAGGUGUUGCUGUUUUGGCUCAUCCAUGGGCGUUAAAAAAUCCUAUUCCCAUUGUUAGAAGGUUAAAAGAAGCUGGCCUUCAUGGGAUGGAGGUCUACAAAAGUGAUGGAAGGCUGGCAGCAUAUAGUGACCUGGCCGACGCCUACGGACUUUUGAAAAUUGGAGGGUCCGACUAUCAUGGAAGAGGAGGACACCAUGAAUCUGAACUAGGAAGUGUGAACCUUCCAGUGCUAGUGUUGCAUGACUUUCUUAAGGUAGCUAGACCUAUAUGGUGCAAUGCUAUCAGAGAAAUAUUGGAGUGUUAUGCUGACGAACCUUCUGAUACCAACCUAGCAACAAUUACAAGGUUUGGGAGAACCCGGGUUUUUAAGGGAGGUUCACCCUUGAAUUGUGGACAGGAUUUGAUUGAUCAUUGUUUACCUCUUUGGUUAACUAGCCAGGAGAUGGAUAGUGCUGAGUUUGAGGCUACCAAGUUGAAGCUUUCCAAUGUUUCUUCUACUAGUCAGGGAGGAAUUCAGGUUCUCAUAGAGGCUUAGAUGUUGUGUAUUCUAUUCUAUCAUAUAAUUUUGUUAGUUAUUCCCAGUAUUCUUGUCUGCCAAUCUUAUUGUUAAAUUUGUUGGUCAAGGUCAAUUGCCUAUCCAUUUUUUUAUAAAUUUUUCUAUGGUCAUUGAGCUAACAUUCUGGUAUUAUUGUUGUAUCUUAUAAAAUUAAUGGUUGGUUUUCUACACAUUUGUCAGAAAAAUAUUGUAUGGAUGAACUAUCACGGUAUUAGAGUUUUAAACAUUUUCAAGUACUGUGAUUUAUAUUA